AAUAGCCGGGGAGAGUGUCGCUCAGCCUCACUUUCCUACCAUCGGUAAAGGCAUAGAGAGCGACGACACUCCCAAGCAACUCUGUGACUGAACAGUGAAGUGACUCUGUGAUCCCAUCGCAUCCCACUUCUGGUUUACCUCCAUGUUAAGAGUGUGAAAGAAGAGGAUUAAAAUCAUGGUGAAAGAAGAGAUAACAGACCAGAUGCUGGCUCUGGCAUCAUCACAUCUCUCACCUACAGGCUCUUCCAUAGCCUUGCCUCUCCUUAAGGAGUUCCUAAUACAGAGGGAGAAUGCCAAGCCAUCAGAACAUAUAAGUCCAGAAGAUGAAAACCAUUUCAUGCAUGAGCCAGAGUACCUUUCUGGCUACCACAGUCUUAAGGAAAAGAUUCAGAGUAGAAUUGAAUCCAAGGACAAGUUCUUUUCUUUGGAAUUCUUCCCACCUAGGACAAAGGGAGGUGCAGUCAACCUUUUGGCCAGGUUUGAUCGCUUGCGUGAGGGUGAUCCACUGUUCUGUGAUGUCACUUGGCAUCCAGCAGGCAACCCUGGUGGAGAUACAGAGACCUCCUCCUUAACUAUAGCAGGUGCUGCUCUCAACUACUGUGGUCUGGAAACAAUGUUACAUAUGACAUGCUGCAGCAUGACCAAAAGUGAGAUCUCCCAUCAUCUACAGCGAGCAAAAGAAGUUGGUAUUCGCAAUAUUUUGGCAUUAAGAGGGGAUCCACCAAUGGGUCAUGAUGACUGGGUUGCUCCAGAAGAUGGGUUCAGUUAUGCUGCAGACUUGAUCAGGCACAUAAGGAAAGAGUUUGGUCAAUAUUUUGUACUGUGUGUUGCUGGCUAUCCCAGUGGACACCCAGAAGCAGCAUCUUAUGAGGAUGAUCUCCACCACCUCAAAGAAAAGGUGGAUGCUGGUGCUAAUUUCAUCAUCACUCAGCUUUUCUUUAAAGCUCAGGCUUUCAUAAAAUUUGUGACUGACUGUCGAGCCAUUGGCAUAGAAUGUCCCAUCAUACCUGGCAUCAUGCCCAUUCAGAGUUAUGAUUCCUUACGACACAUUGUAAACCUUUCUAAGCUGGAUGUCCCUCAAGAUAUCAUUGAUGUUGUGACCCCUCUGAAGGGUAAUGAUGAAGCUAUCAGAAACUAUGGCAUCCAUCAGACCACUACCCUCAUCAAAGAGCUUUUUAGGGCAGACAUGGCACCUGGAGUUCAUUUUUAUACUCUCAAUAGAGAAGUGGCCACAACAGCCAUUCUCAAGCAGCUUGGUCUUUGGGCUGCGGCACCCCGCCGACCUCUGCCCUGGAAGAUGGCUGCAAAUCACAAGCGUAGUGGAGAGGAUGUUCGGCCAAUAUUCUGGGCCUCUCGACCUAAGGCUUAUGUAUUUAGAACACAGCACUGGGAUGAAUUUCCUAAUGGAAGAUGGGGCAGCUCUGAAUCUCCUGCUUUUGGUGAACUUAAGGAUUACUACCUGUUUUAUCUAAAAAGCAAAAGCACCAAAGAAGAGCUGUUGAAUAUGUGGGGUGAAACACUGGAGAGUGAACAAGAUGUGUGGGAUGUAUUUCAUGCAUAUCUCACAGGCUCAUGCAACCCCAAGACUGGCAAGAAAGUCACAAAGGUUCCAUGGAAUGAUGAUGAACUUAGUGCAGAAACAGCAUUACUGACAGAAAAACUGGCAAAUUUCAACAAACGAGGAGUUCUCACAAUUAACUCCCAGCCUAAUGUUAAUGGAGCCAGCAGUGAGGACCCAGUGGUGGGUUGGGGUAUGCCAGGGGGUUAUGUGUACCAGAAAGCCUACCUUGAGUUCUUCACCAGCAAGGAUAAUGUUGAUGCUCUUCUCAAUGUUAUGCCUCUCUUCCCUCGCAUCAACUACCAUAUCAUCAAUCGUGCUGGCACAGAAGAUUUCAGCAACUGUCACAAGCACCGGUCAACUGCUGUCACAUGGGGUGCAUUUCCUGGGACAGAGAUAAUUCAACCCACAGUUGUGGAUCCUGUUAGCUUCAGAGCAUGGAAGGAUGAAGCAUUUGGUCUUUGGGAGGAGCAGUGGGGCAAGUUGUAUGCAGAGAACACUAAAUCAAGGGAGAUUAUCCAGCACAUCACCACUAACUACUACUUAGUGAACUUAGUGGACAAUGACUACCCAAAGGAGUCCUGCCUAUGGGAUGUGCUAGAGUCCAUGUUUGCUUGGAGGACAUUGCGACAAGAAAGUGUAUUGGGGGUAUCAGAAUCAUUGCCUCAGUGUUGAUCUCAGAAUGAUAGCAGGUCUGUUUCCUUGUAGACUGUACAGUGGAGCACAAGGUGAAUUUGUAUCAUUGUCUUGUUUUAUGAAGGAUGAAACUAAAGAUCUCAUAAGUUUUAGAUAGUAAGAACUGAGCAAGUGUCAUUUACAUAUAGUUCAUAUACUCAUAUUUUUUUACAUGACUGACUGCAUUUUCUUAAAGGCAGUCAUUUUGAAUUAAGUGUUUUUAUAUUGUAUUGACAGUGCAGCCUCUACCCAUCCUCACAUUAUUUUCUUCCCUCACUUUUCAUCCUCAUCCUGAACUCCCUGGCCACCUGCCUUUUUCAUUACUACCCUUGUGUCGUUUCUGCGUCUCACUAAUGUUGUCCAUCUAAUCUAAUCCUCCCCCUCUUUCACAACCAGCCCUCACACUUCUGUAGUGCUGCAUGAUAUUUGUAGUCUGGCUCAUUUUAUUCCUUAACAUUAACUUAACUUGUACAGUAUAUUUUAAUAUGAAGUACAGACAUUUGUUUUAUACAUUAAUUCUGCAAUAUUUGCAGUCUUAGAUUUAAAUUUCAGUCUUGAACAUUACCUCACUUUCUCCAAGCCUCACCUGUUCUUUAUUGAAUCCAGGUAAUGUGAGAGCAGUCCCUUUUCUGUUCUCUCAUGCUGUUCCUCAAAGUUAUUUUUAAGCAAUGUUGUUUAUUGCUUUAAUGUACAUAAUGAUUUAACAUGCUUGUGUCCAUGUCCUUAAUUUCAAAAUUUUCCACCACUUACUCAAUGCAUUCUUCCAAACAACUAUCCCUUUUCCCCCAGUGACACUAAGUUAUCCUGACAUUAUAUAUGCAUGAACUGUUCUUUUCUUAAGAUAUUAGUAGAAAACUUCAGUUCUCAUUAAAACAACUGUUCUGUAUUGUUGCCA